CACACUUCAAUUGUCAAGAGCAUGGUUGAACUCCUGCUUAAGCAUUGACCGACAUGAAUGCGCAACCCAAGUCGGGCGUGGCUUUGGCCGCCCGCUACGCCAUUCCUUUUGUUCUGCUGUUGAUCCCCUUUUGGAUGAUGAGGAUCAAUGCCGUCGUUCCCGAACCGUAUCUGGAUGAGGCCUUCCAUGUCCCCCAGGCUCAGGCCUACUGGGACCAUAAGUGGACGCAUUGGGAUCCCAAGAUCACUACUCCCCCGGGUAUUUACCUUUGGUCGUACGUGCUGUGCGCGAUCGCGCUCUUCCUGCGCGGUUCCCCCACACAGCUUACCCCGGAAGCUUUGCGUGCGACCAACGUGGCAGCCACCGCCGUAGCUCUACCGUUGCGAUUGCAGACAUUGUUGGAUCGGCUGCGCAGGGUGCGCAACACUCGUCCCUCUGGAGCAUGGCUGAGCCAUACUGUUCUGAACAUCUGCCUCUUCCCGCCGCUGUUCUUCUUCUCCGGCCUAUACUACACCGAUAUCCUUGCGCUGCUGGUGGUCAUUGAGGCGUACAACUGGGACCUGAAACGCUCGUCGGAGGGUGGAUUUGCGCCGCUCUCGACGUUGGUGUUUGUCGUGCUGGGGCUGGUAGCGCUGGCCUUCAGACAGACCAACAUCUUCUGGGUGGCGAUCUUCCUGGGUGGACUGCAGGUCGUCCGGCGGUUGAGGUUGUCUUCUAAGAGAUGCGAGGCGUCGGGAUUCGCGGAUAUUGCUCGGGCGGGGUGGAAAAAUGAGCUGUAUGAUCCGUUUGUUUCGGACGCUUCGAUUGAAGACUACUUCAAGGCGUCUGUUUCGCUGGUGGUUGUUGCCCUGAACAACCUCGGCUCGGUGAUUAGCUCUGCUAUUCCGUACUUGCUUAUACUUGCCGGGUUUGGUGGCUUCGUGCUGUGGAAUGAUGGUGUCGUUCUCGGACACAAGGAGUACCAUACAGCUGGGCUGCAUCUGCCCCAGAUGCUCUACAUCUGGCCCUACUUUGUCUUCUUUUCGUGGCCUCUUCUGCUCUCGCCGGUCGUCAACUUGGUUCUCCCGAAGUCGUAUUUGCCCAAGUUUAUCGACUUUGGUUUCCCGAAGAAGCAAAAGGGCCUUCCUAAGCUGUUGACGGCUCUUGUUGUGAUCCCUAUUAUGCUGGCUGUUGUUCACUUCAACACCAUCGUCCAUCCGUUCACUCUGGCCGACAACCGUCACUACGUCUUUUACGUCUUCCGUAUCCUGCUGCGCAUUCACCCUGCUAUCAAGUAUGCUGCUGUCGCGGUGUACUUCCUCUGUGCGUGGAUGGUCAUCUCCGCCUUUGGAUUCACGACGAUUUCUACGCCUCCCCAGUUGAUGCGUGUCCCGCAGACAGCAGCCCGCCAGCCGGAGCCAGUGCCAGUACCUCAGAAAGAGCCGAGCCAGAAGAAGGCCGAACGUCGGAAGGCAGCAAAGAAGCCCGCACAGUCGCCCAAGCCGGAGCCGAUGUCGUUCGAUGCGUACGCCAAGAUCCAGGAGCACAUUGCGCACCGGCAGAAGCAGCAUCAGGGUACGCCGCAGGUGAGCUUUGUGCUUGUCUGGCUGGCGGCCACGGCGCUGUCGCUCAUUACGGCGCCGCUCGUCGAGCCGCGCUACUUUAUCAUUCCGUGGGUGAUGUGGCGGCUGCAUCUGCCACCGCAGCCGACGCCUCUUGUGCACCGACAGCGGGCGCGCGAUGCAACUGAGGAGCUGAACGCGAAGGUUGCCACGAACAUGGCGCUGUUCCUGGAGACGUAUUGGUUCUUGGUGAUCAACGCGGUGACGGGAUACAUCUUCCUGUACUGCGGGUUUGAAUGGCCCCAGGAACCGGGAAAGAUUCAGCGGUUCAUAUGUAACCGGUAUGCUAUCCGCCAUCACCACAUCUUCCUCACCACCUUCUCACCACACCUCAACCGCAACAUGGAAGAACCAGACCGGCCAGCCAAAAGGGCAAAGAUAUCCGCCAAUCAAGACAAUACAUAUGAUUCUAGCAACCAGAGAACCAACAGCAGCAGCAAUGAUAGUAACAACCACCCCCUAGCAUCCCUGCACCGCUCCAUAACACCCCCAUUACUCUCCCGCUCCAAGGGACCAAAAACACCGCCACAACCACAACACAAUGCUACCCACCCAGCAUCACCCAGCACACAGACACCGACAAAAGAGAAAGAUAGUAAUACAAAGAAAGAUAACACAAUCCCCUCUCCCAUCCAACUAACCCACAUCCGGGACCUCCCCGCCUCUUCAGGUCACAACACCGACACUGUCCGACUGCGCGACAUUCUCGGCGAUCCAUUAAUCCGCGAGUGCUGGCAGUUCAAUUACCUCUUUGAUGUGGACUUUUUGAUGAGCCAGUUCGAUGAGGAUGUGAGGCGGCUCGUCAAGGUGAAGGUUGUGCAUGGCUCAUGGAAGAGAGAUGCCCCGAAUCGUCAGAGGAUUGAUGAAGCAUGUACGCGCCACCCCAACGUCGAGGCAAUAACCGCCUACAUGCCCGAAGCAUUCGGGACGCAUCAUUCCAAAAUGAUGAUCUUGUUGAGACAUGAUGAUUUGGCUCAAGUGGUCAUCCAUACGGCAAACAUGAUCGCAGGCGACUGGGCAAAUAUGUGCCAGGCCGUGUGGCGAUCUCCUCUUCUCCCAUUAUGUUCCAAUGGAAGUGGGAGUGAGAGUAUAGCUACCCCCGGGACACGAUUCAAACGUGACCUUCUCUCUUAUCUAAGAGAAUACGGACCGAAGAAGACCGGUCCGCUUGUCGCGCAGCUAGAGAAACACGACUUCAGCGCUGUCCGUGCAGCAUUGGUCGCUAGUGUGCCCUCGAAGCAGAAGAUCCGGGAGUCGACUGAUUCGACCCGGAAGACGCUGUGGGGAUGGCUAGCUUUGAGGGAUGUAUUGCGGUCGGUGCCUGUUCCUCCUUCAGAGGAUAGACCGCAUAUUGUAACUCAGAUAUCCUCCGUCGCCUCUCUCGGCCAAACAGACAAAUGGCUCAAAGACGUCUUUUUCGCGUCCCUCUCACCAUCAUCAAAUACCCCCAAACCCAAAUUCUCGAUCAUAUUCCCUACACCCGACGAAAUCCGCCGCUCCUUGAACGGCUACGGCUCCGGCGGUUCCAUCCACAUGAAGCUGCAGAGCGCAGCGCAACAGAAACAGCUACAGUACAUGCGGCCGUAUCUGUGCCAUUGGGCGGGGGAUGUUGCCGAGGACGAGGUGAAGGUGAAAAGAGAAGCAGGGCGUCGUCGCGCGGCACCGCAUAUCAAAACGUAUAUCCGGUACUCGUCGUCGGAGAUGGACCGGAUUGAUUGGGCGAUGGUGACGUCGGCAAAUUUGUCAACGCAGGCAUGGGGAGCGGCGGUGAAUGCUAACGGGGAGGUGAGAAUAUGUAGUUGGGAGAUAGGGGUUGUGGUUUGGCCGGAGUUAGUCGCCGGUGCUGAGGGGAGGAGUGUGAUGGUGCCUUGCUUCCGGAGGGAUGUGCCCGAUGCAGAAGCGGUUGCGGCUGCAGGUGCGGCUGCAAAGGAAAUACCUACUACGACUACAGUUGGCUUUCGAAUGCCCUACGACCUACCGUUGACGAGGUACAGCGAGACGGAUAUACCCUGGUGCGCGACGGCCAGUCAUAGCGAGCCGGACUGGCUGGGACAGACGUGGGAGGGUUGA